GCCCUUCUAGGCAUCCCGGCUGGGGAACUCGGUGCUCGGUGUGAAAUCCGGGUCACCUCUUCCCCGCCCCCUGGAGCCGCGAGCCUCGGAGGCCAAGGCGGCGGCGGCGCUUCCCCAGAAGCCCCUCCCUCAGGAGGAAAGCGGCAGAGGGCUCCACGUUGACCAUGGCAUUGAGGGACAACAAUGGCAAGAAAGUGACUCCUGUCCUCAGAAUCAGUCAGCUGGAUGCACUUGAACUGAACAAAGCCUUGGAGCAGCUAGUUUGGUCCCAGUUUACUUGCUGUUUUCAUGGAUUUAAACCUGGACUCUUAGCUCGCUUUGAACCAGAAAUAAAAGCAUCUCUGUGGCUUUUUUUGUGGAGAUUCACCAUCUGUUCCAAGAAUGCAACAGUGGGACAGGCUCUAUUGAACAUUCAAUACACAAAUGAUUUAUCCCAGAUACAGAAAUACCAGACAUUGAGCAAGCAACAGAAAUUAUGGUAUCUUAUUUGUAAUGUUGGCGGGAAAUGGCUGGAAGAAAGGUGUUAUGAUUUAUUUAGCAAACGGCCAUUGGAAUCAUUCCAAAGGACAAAAUAUUUUAUUAACUUAAUAGUCAGGCUUCUCAGACUUUGUGAGUUGCUAAACUUCCUAAUUUUUCUUCAAAAGGGAAAAUUUGCUACACUUACUGAACGUAUUUUAGGAAUCAGGUCAGUGUUUUGCCAGCCACAGGGUGUCCGUCCAAUUGCGUUUGAAUACAUGAACCGAGAACUCUUGUGGCAUGGAUUUGCUGAAUUUCUGGUGUUCCUUUUGCCAUUUAUUAACAUGCAGAAACUCAAACUCAGGAUUUCUUCUUGGUCUUUACCUAUUAGGGAAAGUUUCAGUAAUGAAAAUAUGUCAGAAACAAGUAACAAGGAAUGUUCUGUGUGUGGGGAAUGGCCUACUAUGCCUCAUACUAUCGGCUGUUCACAUGUUUUUUGUUACUAUUGUAUUAAAAGUUGUUUCUUAUCAGAUAUGUACUUUACCUGUCCUAAGUGUGGCACUGAGGUGCAGGAUCUCCAGCCAUUAAAAUAUAAGCUAGAAAUGAAAGAGAUAUAACUGACUUACUGAGGUUUUCCUCAAACCCUAACAAAAUAAUUAUAAGAAUUUGUAAAAUAAUUCAUACAUAUAUUUCAGUUGGGUUCCCCCCUUCCCAUAUAAUGUUGGUCUUGUCUUUCUAUAAUUCUUUCCCUUUACUAUAUAAACUCUUUUACUAUAAACAGAGGUAUUCUAAUG